CUAUUGGCGGUCGCCAUGGCGACGGCGGCUCCCGGCGGCCCGCGCGGCGCGGGCGCUUCCGGGUACGUGUGUGAGAGAGCGAUGGCGGCCGGGAGCGGAGCGGCGCCGGGCGGGGACGCGGACGAGCUCUUCGACCUCCGAAACAACUUCUACAUCGGCGCCUUCCAGGCCGCCAUCAACGAGGCGCAGCGCGCCAAGCCGUCCAGCCCCGAGAAGGAGGUGGAGAGGGACGUGUUCCUGUUCCGAGCCUACAUCGCCCAGAGGAAAUAUGGAGUUGUCCUGGAUGAGAUCAAAGGCAGUGCCAGCCCCGAGCUCCAGGCAGUGAGGAUGUUGGCAGAGUACCUGGCAAAUGAGAGCCAGAGGGAUGCCAUCGUGGCUGACCUGGACAAGAAGAUGGCCAAGAGUGUGGACGUGGCCAACAGCACCUUCCUGCUCAUGGCAGCCUCCAUCUACUGCCACGAGCAGAACCCCGACGCCGCCCUGAGGGCCCUGCACCAGGGGGAGAGCCUGGAAUGCAUGGCCAUGAUGAUCCAGAUCCUCCUGAAGCUCGACAGGCUCGACCUGGCCCGGAAGGAGCUGAAGAAGAUGCAGGAGCAGGAUGAGGAUGCAACUCUGACCCAGCUGGCGACUGCCUGGGUGAACCUGGCUGUGGGUGGGGAGAAGCUCCAAGAUGCUUAUUACAUUUUCCAAGAGAUGGCAGACAAGUGUUCCCCCACCCUGCUGCUGCUGAACGGGCAGGCUGCCUGUUACAUGGCCCAGGGCAAGUGGGAGGACGCCGAGGGAGUUCUCCAGGAGGCCCUGGACAAGGACAGUGGCCACCCUGAGACCCUCCUGAACCUCGUGGUGCUCUCACAGCACCUGGGAAAGGCUCCGGAGGUCACGAAUCGUUACCUGUCACAGCUGAAAGAUGCUCACAAAAACCACCCCUUCAUCAAGGAGUAUCAGGCAAAGGAGAACGACUUCGACCGGCUGGCCCUGCAAUAUGCACCCAGUGCCUGAGGGACCAGCCCUGGGCACUGGGGUUCCUGCUCACAUCCUCCCUGGGACAUGGAAAAUGCCCUCUGGAACAUGGGAAAUCCCCUCUGCAGAUCAGCCUGGCCUCACCUCAGCCUGGUGCUCCAGCAGGGGUGGGGCUGUGCCUGUGUCCAGAAUUUUGGGGGCUCGAAGCCUCCCCCGGGCCCUGAACUCUGGGUCAGCUCCCGUGCAGAUCAGGAGGGUGCAACACUGGCACCUUGGACAUUCCUAAUAAAGCCUCUUCUGGA